AUGUCUUCGGACAUUGAAAGUUUCACAGCUCAUUUGCAGUCGUCAAAACGCAUCUUGGCUUUACUCGGUGCUGGACUGUCUGCCUCAUCUGGACUACCCACCUUUCGUGGUGCUGGAGGUCUCUGGAGGACCCACGAUGCCACCUCUCUAGCCACCCCCGAGGCUUUUAGUCGGGAUCCGGCUCUCGUCUGGCAGUUCUACAGCUAUCGUCGCCAUAUGGCUCUCAAGGCGAGCCCGAAUCGAGCCCACCUCGCUCUGGCUGAGUUGGCAAAGAAACAUCCAGGCUUCAUCGCUCUCAGCCAGAACGUCGAUGGUCUAUCCCAGCGCGCAAAACAUCCUCCAGAAAAGCUUCAACUGCUUCAUGGCAGCCUGUUCAACGUCAAGUGCACCUCCUUCUACUGUUCGUACCAUGCCGAAAACUUCACAGAUCCCAUCGUACCAGCCCUCAACAUCCCCAUCGACGAAUCAGAUCCCACCACGAAAGAAGCCCGCCAUGCUGUCUCGGAUGCUUUGCACACCAAACAAACCCAGAAAGAGCUGGAUAUAGCAGACGCACAAGUUCAUCUGCCUUCUGUCCAGGUGUCAGACCUACCAAGAUGUCCAGAGUGCCAUGAAGGUCUUCUGCGUCCUGGAGUCGUCUGGUUCGGCGAGUCUCUUCCAAGCAAAGUACUCAACACCGUCGACAGCUUCAUUGAUGACUCGUCCAAAAUCGACCUGAUCAUGGUGAUUGGCACAAGUGCCAGCGUCUAUCCCGCUGCUGGUUAUGUCGACCAUGCGAGAGCCAAAGGAGCUAGAGUCGCCGUCAUCAAUGCUGACCGUGCAGAUGAGCCUGCCGGAGGUGUGCGAGAUAAUGAUUGGUUCUUCGAAGGAGAUGCUGCACAAAUCGUUCCCGAUAUCUUGAAAAGUGUUAUUGGAGAAAUAGAGCAACCGACGGAGAUGCUGUAG